AUGGCCCUCUCAAGCUCCGCCGGCCCCAUCAACCCAGAUGAAGCGCCCAACUCCGAGGAAAUCGAGAAGCAAUUCGCCGUCAAAGUUGUCGAACACAUGACAACCUACUGGUCGAUCCUCGAGAAACUCCCGGGCUCCAAGCUGCGCCUCACCCGCUACGACGACGAGAUCCACGCGCACUUCCAGACGGAGUUCCCGGACUUCGAUGUCAGCGGCACGAUUGACGAGGAGCAGAUGAAGAGUAAGGAGGGGAAGGAGAAGUGGAGGGGCUUUAUCGAGAAGUAUGAUAAGAAGGUGGAGGAUUAUAAUUUUGGGACCAUGGUGAGGGCGAAUCCGGCGUGGGAGUAUGGGGAGAAGGAGAGUAUUUUCGGUGAGUGA